GCCCUCGGCGACUCAACUCAAAAUGAUCUGAAGAACGGCGAAUGCAAAGCGAUGACCGUGAUCUUUGCCCGCGGCACGACCGAAGCUGGGAACAUGGGCACACUCGCGGGACCACCAUUUGUGCAGGCUAUCGGUCAAAUGAUGGGCGAAAACAACGUCGCGGUGCAGGGUGUCGAUUACCCAGCUGACAUUCCGGGAUUCUUGGCCGGAGGCGACGCGGGAGGGAGUAAGAUGAUGGCUCAGUUGGUCGGACAAGCUAAGCAAGCUUGCCCGACGACGAAGCUAGUCAUGGCUGGGUAUAGUCAAGGAGGCCAGCUAGUGCACAACGCCGCAACCAUGCUCUCUGCGGACGACGCUAAGUUCGUCUCCUCGGCCGUCAUCUUCGGUGACCCAGAUAACGGCAAACCAGUUGGCAACGUCCCUGCUGCAAAAACCAAAGUCAUUUGCCACACUGGCGACAACAUUUGCCAAGGAGGAGACCUUGUCCUGCAGCCGCAUUUGACAUACUCUCAAAAUGCUGGCGAGGCCGCUGCCUUUGUUGUG